AAAAGUACUUAUUCUGUGUGUGCUCUCGGGCUGCGGUAUCUCCAAAGCGUCCUUUUGCCUUGCCAGCGCUCUUCCCCAAGCGCCAGCUAGAAGUGAGGGAGGGAAAUCAGGAAAAGCACCAUCACUGGGAGGCUUUUAAGGAAGAAGUAUUAAAUGUAAAGCUUCAAGAGCCCUCCUUUGCCUCUUUGGGGCAUGCACAGCCAGGUGUUUUUCUCCCCAUACGCUCAGGUCCAGCUGAGCUCACACGGGCAGUUGCAACAGGUUGCAAAGACUCAAGAUCUGUUUUUUCUGCCACGUAAAGAAUCAGAGAAAAAGGUCCUGGGUGCGCUCUUGUUCUGUGCUCUUUAUACACCCACCGGGCUUUUUUCUCACUGCUCUCAAGGUGAGUUGAGCCAUGGGGAGCUCCGGGCUGGGUUUCUCCAAGCCCUCCCGUGUUUUCCUGCCCUGCAGUGCCCCUCUCGCUCCCCUGUCUCGCCCUGGGCAGCCCUUGACGGGUCGAUUUUGCCCGCUUUGGCACAGCAGGAACAGAACGAGAACAGAAAAUGCCACUCCCAGCUCGUCUCGGGCUCUGGGUUUAUUUGUUUGCGUAACUCUGUGCCCUCUCACUCAUCUGUUCACUCAUCUGAACUCAGCCGCUGCUGGAGAUAAACGCAUUGCACUGCAUUUUCGGCGUUCCCAUGGCCGGCAGGGCUUUGUUCGCUGGGGAGGGGAAGCUGGAACAAAACAAAAAGCUUCAGGAUUGCUUUUUAGCUGCGUUUCCCCCGUAACUCACGGAGUUGUGCACCAAUUAGCCAAGUGGGCUGUGUGGAUGCGGAUUGAUUCUGACAACGCCCCGCGCAGCAGGCGGGUAAAUAACUGCAAAUUGGGUUUAUGGAGAACGCCCGGCGGUGGAGCACGGCUUUAGGGGACACGCAGCCCCCGUAGGAGAGCUGCGGGUGGCUGGGAGGGUUCUGAAUAAAGCCCCAAACAAAGUCGGAGCCGUGGCCAAAGAACAAGCAGCCUGCUGCCAGAACAAACAUUAACCAGCCCUGGCAGCCUCUUGAGGAAGUUUCCCUCGCCGUGGUGGAGAACCCAACCUGUUGGACACAUUUAUGGCCCCCCGGACGGGCUGAGGGAGGCUUCCAUGAGCUGCGUGCGGCUCCCCGGUAGCAGGGCUGCCGAAACGUGAGACGUGGCGCGGGCGUAGCACGAGGCCGACGUCACGGAGCUGCCUGCGGCUCCUGACCCGUGACCGUCCUGGGGAAGGCUGGCUGGGAACCUCCCGGCUCUGCUGCUGCUGCGCUGCCCCGACGUCCCCAAGCAGAGGUCCUCUAGCCAGCCUCACCAUGUUCAGCAAGAAGAAGAAACGCAUCGAGAUCUCGGCUCCCUCCAACUUCGAGCACCGCGUCCACACGGGCUACGACCAGCAGGAGCAGAAGUUCACGGGGCUGCCGCGGCAAUGGCAGGGCAUCAUCGAGGAGUCGGCCAAGCGGCCCAAGCCGCUGGUGGACCCCGUGUGCAUCACCGCCAUCCAGCACGGCUCGCAGAAGACCAUCGUGCGGGGCACCAAAGCCGCCAAGGACGGCUCCCUGACCUGGCUGCUGGACGAGUUUGAGAACAUGUCCGUGUCCCGUUCCAAUUCUCUGCGCAGGGACAGCCCCCCCUUCCCGCCCCGCCGCGACCAGCUCUACCAGGAGAACGGCCUCUCCGAGGGCCCGGCCGCAGCCCGCCCGCACGAGGACGCCGGCCGGAGCAAGGACAAGAAGCUCCACGGGGCCCGCGGCGAGCUAGAGCAGGGCAAGGAGAGACCCCGGGACAGGGAGGAGCAGCGCGCCCACCCGCAGCAGCCCCGCGGCCAGGAGCCCGGCCCCAAGGGCGCUGCCCCCGCCGGCGGCCGCCCGCCCCCGCCCGAGUACCCCAAGCCCCCCGAGCGGGACGGCUGGCGGGACGGCCCCGCCGACAGGGACUGCAGCGAGCCAGCUGAGCGCGUGGUGCGGCGGGAGCGCGCGGAGCCCUCCGACAGGCGCCCCAAGUCCACCUACGCCGGCGAGACCAGCCCGCAGUCCCCCCGCGACAAGCGCCCGCUCUCGGGGCCCAAUAUCCGGACUCCCAACAUCCCCGUGUCUGAAGGGGUGAUGAAGACGGCUCAGCAGACGGGACGGCCUUUUAAUACCUACCCGCGGGCCGAGACCGAUCCCGUCAGGGGCGCAGGUUCACAGGCAGAGCACCGGCCGGGACGACCGCAGGAGGUGGCAUCAAACGGGCCGGUGAGCGGCACCACCGGCUCCUCCCGUGCCCACCCGCCCGGCCCGCCGCGCUCCAAAGGCCCCGAGCCCCCCGCCGGCCUCACCCCGCACGCCUCUGACCCCCACCUCGCUCGCCAGCCCCCGCCCGGCCCCCCGCUGCCCACCGCCGCCCCGCAGCAGCCCCGCUCGCCGCAGCGGGAGCCCCAGCGUGUCUCCCACGAGCAGUUCCGGGCGGCCCUGCAGAUGGUGGUGGACCCCGGGGACCCCCGCACCUACCUGGACAACUUCAUCAAGAUCGGCGAGGGCUCCACCGGCAUCGUCUGCAUCGCCACCAUCAAGAGCACCGGCAAGCUGGUGGCCGUGAAGAAGAUGGACCUGCGCAAGCAGCAGCGGCGCGAGCUGCUCUUUAACGAGGUGGUGAUCAUGCGGGACUACCAGCACGAGAACGUGGUGGAGAUGUACAACAGCUACCUGGUGGGCGACGAGCUCUGGGUGGUGAUGGAGUUCCUGGAGGGCGGCGCACUCACCGACAUCGUCACGCACACCAGGAUGAAUGAGGAGCAGAUCGCGGCCGUUUGCUUGGCCGUGCUCAAGGCCCUGUCCGUCCUGCACGCGCAGGGCGUCAUCCACCGCGACAUCAAGAGCGACUCCAUUCUGCUGACUCACGACGGCAGGGUGAAACUCUCCGAUUUUGGGUUUUGCGCCCAAGUGAACAAGGAGGUGCCACGGCGCAAGUCGCUGGUGGGGACCCCGUACUGGAUGGCGCCGGAGCUCAUCUCCCGCUUGCCCUACGGCCCCGAGGUGGAUAUCUGGUCCCUGGGGGUGAUGGUUAUCGAGAUGGUCGACGGGGAGCCGCCGUACUUCAACGAGCCGCCCCUAAAGGCCAUGAAGAUGAUCCGAGACAAUCUGCCCCCCAAGCUCAAAAACAUGCACAAGGUUUCCCCCUCUCUCAAAGGCUUCCUCGACCGCAUGCUGGUGCGGGAUCCGGUGCAGCGGGCCACGGCCAACGAACUCUUGAAGCACCCCUUCUUGGGCAAGGCGGGCCCCCCCUCCUGCAUCGUGCCCCUCAUGCGCCAGAACCGCAUGCGGUGAGGGGCCGGCAGCCGCCCCGGCGCCAUCCUCGCUCUCGCCUCAAACUGGAUUUGUGACUGUGCCACUACUGGGGGGGGGCAGCCGGGGGGGCCCGGCCCUCCCGCACCGUACUACUGAGUCUGGGAGGGGGGAAAGUUGGUGAUGGCGGCUCCGCGUGGGGACAGCAGCGAGGCCACGCUGUGAUGCUGGCCCUGUCCCCCUCUUCCCCGCAGGUUUGUGGGGCCAGGGGCUUAUCCCGACUGCACCAGCCCCUGUGUCGUUCCCACCCUGGGGGGGGACCCGCCUUUUGGGGCAUCUCAACAACACCCCCCCUUUUCUUUUUGUCUUUCUAAAUCCUCUUUCUAUCCCCAUCUGGCCCUGGGGUCAGGCCACCUGCACCCCCGUGGGAGGGACGUGUCCCCACAGCCCCAACACUACAGCCCCGCGGCCACACUACUGAUUUGGGCCUGCCCCCCCCCCUCCACCCCACCACUUUUUUUUGUUUUAUUUUUUUUUUAACAAAAGCUAUUUAUAUUGUCGUUUUGUAAUGCCGCAGCAUUGGGGUGCCCCAGGGCCGCCACGGGGCCCCCUGGAGAUUACACGUGUCCUUUUGGAGA